AUGGGAAAAUCGCCAUGCCCUGAGCGUGAGCCAGGGGCGCCCCAGACUCCCCCACCUUAUGCCCCAUAUCUCGACCCCCAACUAACUGCUGAAUCCGGCGAUGCUCAUACCGAUGGACGUAUUGACGUGCGUCUCGAUUCCAAGCUCGCAAAAUCACUCGCACAAAUCGCGAACCAACAACAAGAAGACCUACAUCAUGCACCACCUCGGGCUCAACCUGAAGAGCCGAUCGGGUGUGAUGUAAAAUUGAACAUUAUUAUCCAGAUCGUGGGCAGUCGUGGAGAUGUUCAGCCCUUUAUCGCACUAGGCAACGCCUUGCAAAGCCAUGGCCAUCGGGUUCGAAUCGCCACUCACAAUGUUUUCGAAAACUUCGUGAAGGAGUCUUACCUGGAAUUCUUCCCUAUUGGAGGCGAUCCAGCCCAACUCAUGGCCUACAUGGUCAAAAAUCCUGGCCUGAUCCCGCAGAUUAAAACAUUGCGUGAUGGAGAAAUCAAAAAGAAACAAGUCAUGGUCGCAGAAAUGCUCACCGGCUGCUGGAGAUCUUGUAUCGAAGAUGAUCCUGUAACACAAGAGCCGUUUGUUGCAGAUGCGAUUAUUGCCAAUCCACCAAGUUUUGCGCAUAUUCAUUGUGCGCAAGCGCUAGGCAUCCCUGUCCAUCUCAUGUUCACUAUGCCUUGGAGUAGUACCAAGGCAUUCCCACAUCCGUUGGCCAAUCUACAAAAUGGGUCCAUGGAAACCCCAGGGACAGCGAAUUGGGUUUCAUAUGGAGUGGUGGAAUGGCUUACCUGGCAAGGCUUGGGCGACGUGAUUAAUCGAUUCCGGUCUUCAAUAGACUUGGCACCUGUCCCAAGGACAGAGGGCCCUUGCCUGGCCGAAGCCCUGGAGAUCCCCAUGACCUACUGUUGGUCUCCUGCUUUAGUUCCAAAGCCACGCGACUGGCCGGAUCAUAUCGAUGUCUGUGGAUUUUUCUUCUCGGAUCCGCCCGACUAUACACCACCGCCUGAUUUGGCGGAGUUUCUGCAAUCGGGGCCUCCUCCGGUGUACAUUGGCUUCGGUAGUAUUGUUGUCGAGGAUCCCCAAAAACUGAUUGACACGGUCCUCGCAGCAGUCUCGAGAGCUGGUGUACGUGCGAUCGUUUCAAAGGGCUGGAGCGAGCUGGCUGGACCAGCUGAUUACAACGUCUAUUACAUCGGUGAUUGUCCACAUGGAUGGCUCUUCCAGCAUGUGUCUGCCGUGGUCCAUCAUGGAGGCGCCGGAACCACUGCGUGUGGUUUGUUGAAUGGCCGGCCAACCACAAUUGUACCCUUUUUCGGCGAUCAGCCUUUCUGGGGCGACAUGGUCGCAAAAGCCGGUGCAGGCCCUGAACCAAUCCCACACGCCAUGCUAGAUCCUCAAAAUCUAGCCGAAGCAAUUCAAUUCUGCCUCACACCAGAGGCAGAAGCUGCUGCACAAGAAAUCGCCUUGAAAAUGAAAACAGAGUCUGGAGUGGUGACAGCUGUCAACUCCUUCCAUCGCAAUUUGCCUUUGAAGCGAAUGCGAUGCAGUGUUAUUCCGGGCCAACCUGCGGCAUGGGCGUAUACUCGAAAGAAGCAGUCUCUGACUCUUUCUAAAGCGGCCAUGAAUGUAUUGAUUGAAUACAAAAGGAUAGAUACAAACCAAGUCAAGUGUUAUGCUAUCAAUCCAAUCAUCAUCGAAAAUCGCCGGUGGGACCCUUUGACGGGUGUUCUAUCAGCCGCCACAUCCACCGGCACCAACAUGCUACAAUCAACCGGCGAGAUGUUCUACAAUCCGUACAAAGAGUUCAAAAAAAGUCGUACCGGGAACCUAUCAGAGACAGAUUCAUCAGGCUCAACGCCCUCAGUGAAUCGAUCAAAUAGUGAUCCUUUCCAAACAGCUGCGAACAUGGCCGGAGCCACAUUACAAGGAUUUGGCAAAUUCUCAGCGACUUAUUUCCGGGGUAUGAUAGUCGAUAUUCCCCAUGCAGCGGCAGAGGGCUUCCGACGAGCCCCUCAACUGUAUGGCGAAAAGCCCAAAGAAUACGGCAAUGUCCACGACUGGAAGUCUGGAGCGAUAGUCGGCGGCAAGAAUUUCGUGGGUGGCAUGACGACUGGUAUCACCGGGAUGAUCAAGCACCCGAUUAAGGGGUUCAUUGAAGAAGGGCGAGAGGGUGCAAUGAAAGGACUUGCUAGGGGUGCUCUGGGAAUGGCCACGAAUAUGCCUUCUGCGGGUAUUGGCUUGAUGGCCUAUCCGUUUCAUGGUAUUUCAAAGAGCAUUGAAGCGGCAUUCAGGACGAAGACACCUAAGGAGAUCGUCAGUGCACGGCUAAGAGAGGGAUUUGCUCUCACAGAGCGAAUACAGCUAUCAAAGGAGGAGAAAGAGGAGGUUGUGCAAGUAUUCGAUGUGCUUUUGUCAUCGCUGGAUGCAUAG